AUGAAAAGUUUAAAGUUCGUCAUUCAAGGGAUGGGGAUUGACAUCAAUAAUGAUGUAAAAAUUUUAACAAAAGCAUGGUUUCGAUAUUUGAUGAAAACAUGCUAUCAAUGGGCAAAAGAACAUCUUAUUGUUUCCGGUGUUCUAAUAUUCUUCUAUCUUUUGUACAUUUUCUACUCUUCCGUCUUUAACAUUCUAUUCUAUUCCUUUCCAUUGGUAAUUUGCCUUGCGAUUCUUCUUGGAGAAUCGCGGUUUAAUUUGGAAAAACAUCAAAGCAGCCCAAAGAAAGAUCACAAUGUAGCCAACACAACGAGAAGUAUAUGUGAUUUUACAUCGAUUGAUGAUGAUAAAAAUCGUCGUUCAUACCUACAAACGACCCAUAUGAUGAGUAGAAGAACAUUUGGGAGAAUUGACAAAAAAAACUCUAACAAUAAUAAUGAUGAUAAUCUUCCUAAUAUAAUCCAAGAAAAAACACAUAUUAUUUCUACUAGAGUUGCUACUCCUCCUAGUCGUUCUGACUCCACCGAAUCAUCACAAAGUGAAGAAGACACAGCACGCGAUCAAGAAAAGAGCAAACAUGUGGUAGAAUGGACAGAAUACGAUGAGAAAAAUCUUAUGAAUCUUGGUUCAUCUGAGAUAGAGAGGAACAAGAGACUCGAAAGCUUGAUAGCGAAACGAAGGGCACGUAAAAUGUUUAGUAUGCAACCUAGGAGGCACAAUUUUUACUCAUUUGAUCAACAUGAUCACUUAGACCAACAAGUUAUGGGGUCUAUUAUUGUUUCUAAGGGAGACAUUGAAUUCGACUACAACGGUGAUGACUACCAUCAACCAGGGUCAGCACCUUCCGUGUUGCUCCCUACUCGAAAUCCUUUUGAUCUUCCUUACGAUCCACACGAAGAGAAGCCUGUUCUUACAGGAGGUAGUUUUGAUGAGGAGUUCUUUUUUGAUGAACAACAUAGAGAUUUGUUGAAGGAUCACUUUAAUUUUUGUAAUAAUAACCGUGAGAUAAGUAAAAUGGAUGAAUAUAUUAAGGAUGAUCUUAUUCUUCCUAGAUUUUUUACUAAAUCAAAGGUGGUAUCCAACAACAACACAAGACUAACGCGAUUUAAAAGGGAGUCUGAUGCAGAAGAACGACUUAAUGAGAUUAUAGAAGAACUAUCCAUGCAAAAAGAGAAUGGUCAUGCAAAAGAUCAACGUGAUGAAGAGUCACCUCAUGAAGUUCAGCCAAAGAGUAAUGAAAAUCAUGAUGAAGACCAUCAAACUUUUGAAAACCCUUUUGCCAUCUAUAACGAGACUGUAGGCUCAAAUUACUUUAUAAGUAUACCGAAAAGGAACAAUAAAACAAAAUUAGCAGUCACAAACAACGAAGAACAUAUCACAUUUAACAUGGAAACAGAGUCAAUUUCUUCGUGUACAAGAGACAAUCAGACUCAACCCACACAAGACCAUGUCAUAUUAUCAGACUACAAGGGACAAAUCGACGAGGAUGAGGAGAGUUCUACAUCAUCUUCUUCUUCUUCUUCAUCAUUAUCAUCAUCAUCUUCGGUUAAUGAGAGGGCUCGUUUAGAUGCAACAAAGAAUGAGGCAUUUAGAAAUUCAGUAAGAAAGGUUCUAACUUGUUUAGCAGCAUUUCCAAGGAACAAUAAUAACUUGUUACAACAAAGUAACCUACAAGAUAUCCUAGCAUGCAACACUAAUAGUCCUAGCAAUAUUAUACCUAGUAAAAUGCAAGAAAGAUCAUUUUACACCGAACCUCAUCAUCACAAGUCGAAUUUCUCCAUUGCAUCCGAUAUGCAAGUCGAGGUCUCAGAAGGCGGAUCCCCUCCAAUGACAGCCAACGAGGCAAACUCACCAACGGAUCAAGACUCGUAUGAUGGAGACGACAACAAGGACGUUAGUUCAAUAGACGACGAAGACUUAUGGGGUAUAUCACCUCAUCCUACUAAAAGAGGGGAGUUUGGAAUGAAUUUUAAGCUAAAGGAUACCUUAGAAGAAGAAGAAAAGGUUUAUAAUAGACCCUCAAACUUGUGUGACGUCGUUAAUAAUGUCCAUAAUAAUGAAAAUGAUGAUCCUUCUCCUACAAUAUCAAUGUCAAGGGAGGAGGAAGAGGGAGGUAGUGAUCAAGAAGCCAGAAUUGGAGGGGUAGUUUUUUCAUUAUCCACAAGGUCGAUAUUGCCUAAUGAGGGUAAGAAAAAACUUGUUGUAGAUCUACAAAGUACUAAUGGAGAUAUAUUGGAGUCUAGUUCAUCAUCAUCUUCUGAAGGUUUAACAUCUCAAAUGCUGGGUAAAGUAGAUCAUCUUGCUGAAUAUUUGGCUAACCUACCUCCUAGUGAAUGUGGCUCUAAUUUUUUAGAGGAUGUGGAGCGAUCAUCUCAUGUUCGAGAACGAAAAACGGAGGAGACAUUCCAUGAUGAGAUCAAUCAAAUAUUUGAGUUUGAUGAAAAUAAAGAAGAUUCUAAAGAAGGAUCUCAUAGAAGUGUUGAAGAUAGUACUUCUACGACGAGCCAAAUUGAAGUACCGAAAGAGAGAAGCGCAACGUCUAAUGAAUUUCAUGCAAAUGAUCUCAUCAACAAAGAGCAUGUGGAUCAAAAUUCUUCAACUACUGAACAAAAUGACUACUUUAGAAGAAUAGAGGAUGAAGGCGAACCUUUAGAAGAAAACGAGAAUGAAGUGAAUUCAAGGCCGGAGCUAAAGGAAUCGAUAUCUGAUUCUAAUUCCACAACUUGUCAAGAAGAUUUGUUGGAUCAAUUAAGAUUGGAAGACAAUAUGAAAGUCACACCACUACAUCAAGUCCAAGAUCAUGAACAUAAAGAUGAGUCAUCACUUAGUAACCAAAUUAUUCAUGAUGCUGAUGAGUCUACCUCCCAAGAGAAGGCAAACAAAGACCGUUAUGGCAUUGACUCAAAUAGCACAAAAGGUACAAAUUAA